AAAGGAUUUUGACUUGCUGGAGGAAACGCCAUAGAAAACAGCAACAUGCCUUCUAAUCCAGAUGAACCCUAUUACUGUUCACAACAAAUCAACAUCCCCCCAUCUCUACCAGACAUUCUGAAACAGUUCACCAAGGCAGCUAUUCGCACACAACCCAAGGAUGUCCUUGCUUGGUCAGCAGCAUAUUUCAGAGCUAUGUCUAAGGGAGAAACACCGCCUGUGAAAGAAAGACUGGAAAUGCCAGUAGCCACACAGAAGACAGAUACUGGGUUGACACCUGGUCUUUUGAGAGUUUUGAACAAACAGCUGGGACCCAAGAAAACAGUUCCUCUGAAAGUUGUGGAAGAAAAAUGGCAGGAUGUAGCACUUCCUAAGGAGCAAUUUGACGAGAUUGUUCGAAUCGGUAGUUUUGGUGGUGAUGUAGAAUGGAACAAAUUCUUCACACUGGCUUGUUCAGCAUUAGGGGAGAACCUGACUGAUGCGAUGAAGCUUGUGUGUGAGAUCUUAACAGCAGAUCCUGAGGGAGGCCCAGCACGGAUACCAUUCCCCCUGUUCAAGGAGUUGUAUACAUACCUAGCACAGAUUGAUGGCGAUAUUUCACAGGGUCACAUAGAUGAUACCAUCUCCCAUCUCAAAUAUGAUGUUGAAAAACAAGAUGGCUACAUCCAACCUAGGAAUUUCCUCAGCCCGGAAGGUCCAAAGUUGUCAAUGCCACCACCAUCAUCCUAGGGAAAGAAACUGACUCGUUUACCACUCCGAACAUAUCAAAUCACUACCUGGAACCUCAUUCUACAUUAAAACCUGCCACAAAGACAUUAAUGGAGGAAUAUUACAGCAACAAUUUCAUUGUACGAAACUGUGUCUAACAAACAUGUGUCCGUCCCGGGAACCUGCAGUGCUGUACUUGUUUUACAUGUUACAGAGUAGCUAUUCCUCCUUACCAGUUUAUUUUGUAGACUGAGAAAAAUUUUCACAGAAACUGUAACUUGUAAUUAAUGUUUUGUUAGUGAUAUUACUGUGAAUACUGAAACAUAACUUUCUAUUUGUCGUAGCAGUUUCAAUAGUAGUCUUCAGAUGAUAAUCUAUAUUUCUUAGUAUAAGUUUAAUUCCUUAAGGGAGAGAAUUUCCUGAGAUAAAACCCAGAUAUUAAGACAAUAUUUUUUCUUGCAGUUUAAAGAGUAUUUGUUAUCAAUUGUUAUCAUUCCUUCUAGAUAUAAAUUGUUUCUAUAUAUUUGAAAAGUUACUGAAUACAUAGCCAAGUCAUGAAGACUUUAUUGUCAAGCUGUUGAUUUGAUAUCAUAUUUCAGAAUUUCUGUCUCACUGCUGAAAAAGUCAGGUUCACAAAUUUAUAACUUUACCUAAAUGUUCCUUCUUGUCGUCUAUAUAUUUAUUUCAGAAAGCUAUUAGAAAGGAUUAUAUUUUCAUGCAAUGAUUGUUCUUAAAUACAAUGUUUCACUUGUUCUGAAAUACUGUACAUACAUGUGUAUUAAAGAUGUGAUG